AUGAGACUGCUGGCCACAGAUACCAAUUCGUCCCUCCUCAGCCACACGCACUAUAAACACUGCCGACCCAUGUGGUAUCUCGACGGCGAUUCCCUGCCUGACCCAGCGUCCACAUUCAUCGAGGCAUGGAUCGGACAGACCGAGGAUUCAAGGCAUCUGUACGACCAAGAAACGGAAAGCAUGGCGUCGCCUCGUACUCCAAGCCCGAGCAAGAAGGUCAAAAUCGUGCCCAUAGAUGUCGACGCUACCCCUACCCAAAAUGCACCGGCCUUUUCAGAGCUUUCAAAUGCAAGCUUAGGCUACGUGCCCUCUGAGAGUGGGUCGAGCAUGUCCAUGUCAUCAGUAGCCUCUGGUUCAUCAAGUCCCCGGAAGCGAGAACUCGUGUUGCGUAGCGCGAAAGAGUACCCUCUUGAACGCAGGGCAAUCAAGGACAUCGACAAGAUUACUGCUCUUAUGCGUGAUUUGGCAAGUCUCAAGAACGGCCAGGUUAUUCCGCACGCGAUGAAAGCCCGCAUCACGGAACAAGAGGGUUUCCCGGACCCACCACUAGAUAUCUGGUUUUUGCCCGUGACUUCAGACGAGACCGUCAUGGCGAAUGACGAGUACAUUUACCGUCGAAUUUGUUCGAUCCUCCGUCGGACCGUCAGGUGUAAGACGCGCAUGUCUCACGAAUCGACCUGGAACGACAGUGUUCACUCUCCGUUGUUGGAGAUUGCACUGGACGAGGGUGACGAAGAUGUCACAUAUGAGAACAUAACACAGUGUCGAAUAUACCCAGAACUACGUGAUCCAGAUCCAUUUCUGAAAGAUGCCAAGGUUGACUAUGGCAUGUUCAUUGAGCCACUGGAAGGCUCUCGUCUUUACUCAUCAAUCAAGCGUUUCAAAUCGCUCAACCAAAACAACCGGAUCGCCCACGUUAAGCUCAGUGAUGAGGGUAACACGCCCAUAGCCAUCAGUAUUGAGACCAAGAAUCCUAAAUCUAAUGGCGAGCUCACUGGCCCAGCCCAGCUUGGAACAUGGGUUCGGGCUCAUUUUCGGCAUCUCGAGAGCCUACCUCACGUGUCUAGGGAAGGAUUACCUAUCCUUCCCAUCGUUUUUGUCAAUGGCGCUGACUGGCGUGUUGACUUUGCCGAGCGCAGGCGCGAUAGAAUGAUAAUCUGGGAGAGUAUCAAGAUUGGAUCCUCUGAUUCUUCCCACGGAUGUUAUGUCAUCACGGCUGCUCUUCGUAGACUGGCGAAAUGGUGUCGAGAUGAGUAUAUGCCUUGGUGGGAGAGGGCUUUGGCUGGUCUGUGA